UAACAAAGAUGAGGUUUUCACCCAUCUUGCCCCUCCUCCUGCUCCAGUGUCAGCAGCAGCCCAGCCACAAGCCGCGGCCUCCAGAUCUCUGAUGCCCAAAGUGAGCCAGUCCGGCCUUCGCCCCCCCGGCUUCAGCUCCAGCCGUCUCCCCGCCGGCCGCCUGGCAGCGUUCGGCUUCGUCCGGAGCUCCAGCGUGUCGUCCGCCUCCUCCGCCCACUCUGCUGAGAGCUCACAGAGUGACUCCGGCAGGACGGCUCACCGUCUGAGUGUGAGCGAGGAGCCCCCCUUCCACAGAGUGACCACCAGCCCUCCGUCCACAGACCACCAGAGGGGGGUCCCGUGUCGCAGCCAGAGCCUGCAGCCGCCCUCCACCCCCGCCCUGCCCCGACGCUUCCUGCCCGCCCCGCCAAGAAGCUCCCCUGGAGUUGUCAGGAAGGAGUUUCAGCGGAGUUCAGAGGUCACUCGUUCUCUCCCCUCCUCCCCAAAGAGGCUGGCGGUGGUUCCUCCCAAACCUCAGUCCCCGGUCCAGUCUGGGCAGCGGCCCGCAGCAGCCGUGCGGGGGUCAGCUCCCCCGGGGUCCCCUCUCCGCGUGGCCCCCCUCAGGCCGCAGCAGGAACAGCAGGAGAGCCUGCAGAGAGAGAAAGAGGAGGCUCAACAGAAAGAGAGAGAAAGACAAGCAGAGGAGAGAGAAAAAGAAAAGGAAAGGGAGGAGGUUCAGAGGCUGCAGGGACGCUGUGCGCAGCAGGAGAGGCAGCUGGGAGCUCUGAGAGAAGAACUGAAGAAGACUUCCUUGGGUCUAGAAGCCUUCAUCAUCACCACUCAGCAUUACUGCCUCAAGAAUAAAACCACAAAAGAAAAUCAAAGAAAAUUGUCCUUGGAAAUGAAAAUGAUCAGAGAGGAAAUGGCGUCCAACUCAGCGCGCUGGGAGAGACUCCACCGGGAGAAGACGGCACUGGAGGAGGCGUUUGAGCGAGAGCUGACUGAGCUGCAGCUGCAGCAGGAGGCCGAGCUCGCCGCCGUGGAGGAGGGGCUCAGGAAGGGUCACUCAGCCGAGGCCGAACACCUGAAGGAGGAGCAUCGCUCGGAGAUGGAGGAGCUGAGGACUCAGCAACAAGAACAGGUGGAGGAAAUAACUGUCAACCACCAGGCAGCCGUUCAAGAGCUCAGAGACAUGCAUAACAUCACCAUGGCAACGUUGCACGAGGAGCACGCCCGCACCAUGAGAGACUUAAGAAAAGCUCAUGAGCAACAGAAGAUGCUUCUAGAGGAGGAUUUUGAGAAACUCCGGCUUGCUCUACAGGAUCAGGUGGAUACCCUCACAUUUCAAAACGAAACUCUGAAGAACAAAGCCAAACGCUUUGAGGAAGCUUUGAGGAGGAGCACAGACGAACAGAUAGUUGAUGCUUUGGCUCCAUACCAACACAUUCAGCAAGAUCUAAAGAGCUUAAAGGAGGUUGUGGAAAUGAAGAACCAGCAGAUCCACCAGCAAGAGAAAAAGAUCUCGGACCUGGAGAAAGUGCAGGCCCAAAAGAACGUGUUCCUUGAGGAGAAGGUGCAGGUUCUACAGCAGCAGAAUGAAGAUCUCAAGGCUCGUAUUGACAAUAACCGAAGCGUCUCCCGGUGAGACACAUUCUGACUCUUCAUCCCAUACAUUUAGUCUGUCUCUGUUUAAAGGUCACCUACUAUGCAAAAUCCACUUGUU